UUGCCGGGGUGGUGGGGUGAUGGAGGACGGGUGACCCUCAGGAGGAAGCCGGGCCCGACGGUGAGGUGAUGUGCAGGGGAGACGACGGAGAGGAGGCCCGGGACAAGCGGGAGGCGGAAACCCGGAAAGUGAGGCGGGCGGCCGGCCGAGAUUUCCCGAAAGAACGGUAACCUCCCCCUGUGGUUCAUCAUCACCAUGCCCUCCGACCUAGCCAAGAAGAAGGCAGCCAAAAAGAAGGAAGCUGCCAAGGCGCGACAGCGGCCCAGGAAGGGGCAUGAAGAAAACGGAGAUGCCGCCACAGAACCGCAGGUGGCCGAGGAGAGAAACGAGGAGGCCAAUGGCAGAGACACCACAGAAGUGGAUUUGCUGACCAAGGAACUAGAGGACUUUGAGAUGAAGAAAGCUGCUGCGCGAGCUGUCACUGGUGUCCUGGCCUCUCACCCCAACAGUACUGACGUCCACAUUAUCAACCUCUCACUCACCUUUCACGGUCAAGAGCUGCUCAGUGACACCAAACUGGAAUUAAACUCAGGCCGUCGCUAUGGCCUCAUUGGCUUGAAUGGAAUUGGCAAGUCCAUGCUGCUCUCCGCCAUUGGGAAGCGGGAGGUGCCCAUCCCAGAGCACAUUGACAUCUACCAUCUGACCCGAGAGAUGCCUCCCAGUGACAAGACACCCUUAGAGUGUGUGAUGGAAGUGGACACUGAGCGAGCCAUGCUGGAGAGGGAGGCAGAGCGGUUGGCUCACGAGGAUGCGGAGUGUGAGAAGCUCAUGGAACUGUAUGAGCGCCUGGAGGAGCUGGAUGCCGACAAGGCCGAGAUGAGGGCCUCACGAAUCUUGCACGGCCUGGGUUUCACGCCUGCCAUGCAGCGCAAGAAGCUAAAAGACUUCAGCGGGGGCUGGAGAAUGAGGGUCGCCCUUGCCAGAGCCCUCUUCAUCCGGCCCUUCAUGCUGCUCCUGGAUGAGCCCACCAACCACCUGGACCUGGACGCUUGUGUGUGGCUGGAAGAGGAGCUCAAGACUUUCAAGCGAAUCUUGGUCCUUGUGUCGCACUCCCAGGAUUUCCUGAACGGGGUCUGUACAAACAUCAUCCAUAUGCACAACAGAAGACUGAAGUAUUACACGGGUAAUUAUGAUCAGUAUGUGAAGACGCGUCUCGAGCUGGAGGAGAACCAGAUGAAGAGGUUUCACUGGGAGCAAGAUCAGAUUGCACACAUGAAGAACUACAUCGCCAGGUUUGGUCAUGGCAGUGCCAAGCUGGCCCGGCAGGCUCAGAGCAAGGAGAAGACACUACAGAAAAUGAUGGCAUCUGGACUGACAGAGAGGGUUGUGAGCGACAAGACACUCUCAUUUUACUUCCCACCAUGUGGCAAGAUCCCACCACCCGUCAUUAUGGUACAGAACGUGAGCUUCAAGUACACAAAAGACGGGCCUUGCAUCUACAAUAAUCUAGAAUUUGGUAUUGACCUCGACACACGAGUGGCUCUGGUAGGGCCUAACGGUGCAGGGAAGUCCACUCUUUUGAAGCUGCUAACUGGAGAGCUGCUGCCCACAGAUGGAAUGAUCCGGAAGCAUUCUCACGUCAAGAUAGGACGUUACCACCAGCACUUGCAAGAACAGCUGGACUUGGACCUGUCCCCUUUAGAGUACAUGAUGAAGUGCUACCCAGAGAUCAAGGAGAAGGAGGAGAUGAGGAAGAUCAUUGGGAGAUAUGGCCUCACUGGGAAACAGCAGGUGAGCCCAAUCCGGAAUCUGUCAGAUGGACAGAAGUGCCGAGUGUGUCUGGCCUGGCUGGCCUGGCAGAGCCCCCACAUGCUCUUCUUGGAUGAACCUACCAACCACCUGGACAUCGAGACCAUUGAUGCACUGGCAGAUGCCAUCAAUGAGUUUGAGGGUGGCAUGAUGCUAGUCAGCCAUGACUUCAGACUCAUUCAGCAGGUUGCACAGGAAAUUUGGGUCUGUGAGAAGCAGACAAUCACCAAGUGGCCUGGAGACAUCCUGGCCUAUAAGGAGCACCUCAAGUCCAAGCUUGUAGAUGAGGAGCCCCAGCUCACCAAGAGGACCCACAAUGUGUGAGCCCUUAGCCAGGCUCGGGUCAGGAACGCCACCUGGAGACGCCAGCCGCCACCUGACCAGCCGCUCAGGACAGGCCCCCAGGGCCCAUCCCACAUUGCUGCAAUACUGCCCUCGGCCUCUCCCCGCCUCGGCCUGCCUUUGCUGCACUCUCACUUCCAGCCGGACAGCACCUGUCCGUUCCCCAUCCUCCUCCACUUACGGCUGCUGUCUGGCACUGGACUUGGCUGGGUGUUCCCUCCAGCCCCUUGCUGGUUACCUUGCCCUGAGAGAUGCAGCCAGAGGUACCUGGGAUAACCCAUGGACCCACGCCCUGUGUGGCCCAUGAAAGUCAAGAGCCUCAAUUUCUGGGUUUUGGUGAUGUUGGAGGAAUGCCUCCCAGCCCACCACCCCCACUCCUUACUGCUUCUGAUUCGGAGCUCUGGACCAGGGCCUUAUUCCUGGCCAGUUUUUUAAUUAUUUAACAGUGUAACUUUUAGACAUGUGUGACAUCCACAAAGUGUCCAAUAAAGAAUGAGGAAGCCA